AUGUCAGACCCUUCGGAGCCAGUGCUUAUAGAUCCACAGGAUGAACCGAUCAUUGAUACCUUCGAUCUUGUCUUCCUUAUUUCUGCUGGUCUCGUUGCAGUCUUGUAUCUUUUCCGCGAGGCUAUAUUUGGUCCUAAGAAGCCUUCUGCCUUACCUCCACCUGUAGCAAUUCCUAGACCUCCUCAAAAAAAGGACAAAAAUUUUAUCAAAAAGAUGCGAAAUACUGAUUGUGAUAUGACUCUUCUUGACGAUUUUCCUGAUGAUUGUUUGGCAUUCUUUUUAAUGGCAACUUAUGGUGAAGGUGAACCUACUGAUGAUGCUGUCGAAUUCUGGGAAUUAAUAAAUUCGGAUAAUCCUGAAUUUUCUAAAGGUAUGCCAAUUGAAGACAAACCAUUGUCAAGCCUUCGAUACGUUGUUUUUGCUUUGGGAAAUAAAACAUAUGAGCAUUUUAAUGCUGUUGGAAGACUUGUCGAUUCCAAAUUAUCGGAAUUUGGGGCUACAAGAAUUGGUGAGCGUGGUGAAGGCGAUGAUGAUGGCAGUUUAGAAGAAGAUUUCCUUGGUUGGAAAGAAGAUAUGUGGAAAGCAGUAUGUGACGCCAUGAAUAUUGAUCCUAACGAUUCUCAAAAUCAUAGAACUCGUAUUGCUGCUUACAAGAUUACCGAGUUGGAACAUUACGAUAACGAUACUGUAUUCUAUGGUGAACUUAGUGAACAUGCUCUGAAUAGUGGAACUCGUAUUUCCUAUGAUGCCAAGAAUCCUUUUCCAUCAGCAAUCACUGCCUCUCGAGAAUUAUUCAAUUCAACAGAUCGCAAUUGUGUGCAUAUGGAAUUAGAUAUUACUGGUUCAGGUCUUUAUUAUCAGUCGGGUGAUCAUGUUGCAAUCUGGCCCAUAAAUCCCGAACAAGAUGUUUAUCGUUUGCUUAAAGUAUUGGGACUUUGGGAUAAAAAAGACACCAUAGUCACAGUUGAAAGCACUGAUCCAUCAGCAUCUAAAAAACAUCCUUUCCCGGUCCCUACUACAUAUGCCACGAUCUUUCGUAAUUAUCUUGACAUUAAUUCACCGGCAUCUCGUCAAUUUAUUGCCACUCUGGCAAAUUAUGCGCCCACCGAAGAAGGCAAAUCUAGACUCACUACUUUAGGGCAAGAUAAAGAAGCUUACCGAAUUGAAGUCGCUGAUGCUCACUUAACUCUUGGUGAAGUACUAGAAUUGGCAUCCUCGAACGGCAAGCAAUUGGAUAGUAUACCAUUGGAUCUGAUAAUAGAAACCUUACCAAGGCUUCAAUGCAGAUAUUAUUCAAUUUCUAGCACAUCUAAAGUCGCUCCAACAAGUAUUCACAUCACUGCGUCAGUUUUACGUUAUCAACCUUUAACUUCUCCUAAGAAGACAGUUUACGGUCUAGCAACAAAUUACAUCCAUCAAGUUCAUCGUAAACUCAAUAAUAUUGAGCAUCCAGAUACGUCACCAUACUACUUAUAUUCUGGCCCUAGAGACAAGUAUUAUGAUGAUUCUACCAACACAAUUAAAUUUGCUAUACAUGUUCGAAAUACAAACUUUAAAUUACCCAAGAAUCUCAAAAUUCCGGUUGUGAUGGUAGGUCCUGGUACUGGUGUGGCUCCUUUCCGAGGAUUCGUUAUCGAAAGAGCCAAGUACAAGUCUGAAGGUGAUACAGUUGGCGAUACAGUUUUGUUCUUUGGAUGUCGAAAACGUAACGAAGACUUUUUAUAUGCUAAUGAAUUUGAUGAGUUAUUCACUGUCCUUGGUGAAAAUGGGAAAUUGGUCACAGCAUUCUCAAGGGAACAAGAUACAAAAGUUUAUGUACAACAUCGUCUUGUUGAACAUCAACAGUAUAUUUGGGAAUUGAUUUACACUAGAGGUGGCUAUUUUUAUGUUUGCGGUGACGCUAAAAAUAUGGCACGUGAUGUCAAUAAUGCGCUCAUUCAGAUAGCACAAACAUGUGGUGGUAUGGAUGAAAACAGCUCAAUAGCGUACGUCAAAGACUUAAGAAGCCGUGGAAGAUAUCAAGAAGAUGUAUGGAGUUAG